AUAUCCUUAAUACCUUGAUACUCAUACAUGAAUACAUAAACAGACAGACUGAUGGAAAACAACAAGAUAAACUUUGGUAGAUCACUAAUUGUACCAAGUGUUCAAGAACUUGCUAAGGGGCCUAGCACCCAGAUCCCACCUCGGUAUGUGCACCAUGAUCACCGCCCUGCAUCCGAUGAUGCACGGGUCCCAUCGGUGCCGGUCGUUGAUCUUCACUGGUUGCUUUCUGGGUCUUGUUCUGAGCUUCAUAAGCUUCAUACAGCUUCUAAAGAAUGGGGGUUUUUCCAGGUUAUAAAUCAUGGAAUAAGUGAGUCCAUAUUAGAGGAUUUCAAGACUGAAGUCUUGAACAUGUUCAACCUUCCAAUGGAGGAGAAACUGAAGCUUUGGCAGGAAGAAGACAACCACGAAGGUUUCGGGCAGCUGUUUGUCGUAUCCGAGGACCAGAAGCUUGACUGGUCAGACAUGUUUUACCUAACUACCCUUCCACAUGAUCUCAGGCAAUCCCAACUCUUUCAGAAGCUACCUCUCACCCUCAGAUUGUAAGUAAUGGUGUGUACAAGAGCAUAGAGCAUCGAGCGACAGUGAACUCAAACAAUGAGAGGAUGUCGGUAGCAACAUUCUACAGCUCAAGUAUGGGUACGGAGUUAGGCCCUGCGAGAAGCCUUGUUGCACAACAUAAUGUAGCAAAUUUCCGGCGAGUACCCAUAGAGACAUACUUUAAGGAAUUUUUUGCUAGAAAGCUUGAUGGUAAAUCAUACUUGGAUUUUAUGAAGCUUGAUUAAUCACAUUACAUAAUUGAAUCAUAGCUUUAGUUGUUUUUGGUUUGGUAACCUCAUAACUGUUAUAUUAUGCUGUUAUAUUAUGUUUGUUACUUUGUUA